ACAGGCACCAUCCAGCGCAUAACCGUCGGCUCCCCAACCGCCAACAACGGCCUCUCCUUCUCGCCCGAAACCCUGCGCGCCGCCAAAGGCGACAUCCUCGAAUUCCACUUCCUCCCCAAAAACCACUCCGUCGUGCAAUCCUCCUUCGACGCGCCGUGCGUGCCUCUCCAAGCCAACCCCGGCGGGCCUGCCGACGCGGAGGGCGGCGUUUUCUCCGGCUUCAACUUCGCGACCCAGGAAGGCCAGGCGGACAAUGUGUUUCGCGUCGAGGUUACCGAUGAUACGAAGCCGAUGUGGUUGUAUUGCAGUCAGGGGGACCAUUGUCAGAAGGGGAUGAGUAUGGUGGUGAAUUUGCCCGAGGGCGAGGUGGAGAGGUCGCUGGAGAGGUAUAGGGAGGUGGCGAAGGGGACGAGGACGGGGCAGCCGAGUGAGGAUCCGGAAGCUUCGAGGGGUGGGGAGAUUAGGGUGAAU